UCUAUCACCCCGAAUUAUAGCCCACUUCACCCGCCCAGUGUUCACCAAGCCCCUGCUAACCACCUGCAGAGUCUCCGCUGUAUCUCCAUCCCUUCUGGUUGUUUCAGCACCAUGGCCAGCGUUGUACUGCUCUUCCUCGCCGCCUCCUGCUGCACGUGUCUCUGUCUCGCUGAAGGCGACACCUCAUUGGAGUUUGAGACUCGCGCUCUAGAGUUCCCCCACAAAUCGCAAGAAGAGAAGGAUCUGAUUGAAGCUUUGCAAGAGGUUCUGGAGAAACUGAAGAACAAACAGAUGCCGUUAUCAGAGAAGAAGCUCGGCUGGCUGCCGUCGUGUGACGCGGGCGAGCAGUGCGCUGUUCGCAAGGGUGCGCGUGUCGGAACGCUGUGCGGGUGUCCGCGUGGGACGACCUGCAACUUCUAUGUUCUUAAGUGUUUGUAAGAAGAGGAGAGGAGAAAAGGAUAAACAGCGAAAUAGGAGAGAGAGAACAGAAGCUUUUGCCUCAUUCAGCGGAGCACAUUCAGAUUGUGGAACGUUGUAUUGUAUGAUGAACAAACAUGUCUCUAUCUGACAUGUAGAGU